AUGUCCGAUACCACGAAUAUACGAGCCAUGAAGAAGACCACCAGGAAGAGCAUGCCCAAGGUGCGCACGGGCUGCCAGACCUGCAAACAACGCCGCGUCAAGUGCGACGAGGGGAAGCCCAGCUGCAGGAACUGCUCGCGCACUGGCCGCCGCUGCGAGGGCUAUCCUGCGGCGCCGCCCGAGCCCCAGAGCGCCGAGCAGGGCCAGCUGCAAAAGGCCGAGCCGCGCCUCCAGAUUCGCGUCUACAAUCUGCCGUUCAAAGUCCCUGGCAGCCAGGCCGACCGCCAGUUGCUGCAUUUCUACUGCUGUGAAGCCGCCGGCGGCCUCUCGAGCUUCUCGGACUCCACGCUUUGGUCGCGCCUCAUUCUCCAGCGGUCGCACGACCAGCCCGUCGUUCGCCAUGCCCUUGUCACGCUUGCGGCUCUGUACCGCGACUAUCUCCAGGGGGGUAACACCAUCCAGGCGACUGCCUCUGGGACGGCAAUGCAAAGAGUGGCCAAGUGCCACCGCCAGCUUAGGUUGUACCUUCGCUCGCCGGACGCGUCGCCAGAGACGGCCCUGAUCUGCAGUGUCCUGUUCUACGCGUUUGAAAGCCUGAUGGGGGACUGCACGUCCGCAAUGCAGCAUCUGAAUAAUGGCAUAACCCUGCUAAAACAAUACCAAACCGCCCAGCAGCUCUCUGGAUCCAGCCCGGGGUCGAAUCCGGGGUCCAGUUCGGGGUCCAACGCGGGUUCUCCGACCUCGCCGCCGCCAACGACCGACGGCGCCGGCGACGACCUCCUGCCCCACCUUACCUCCAUAUUCGCGAGACUGGACAUUCACGCGAGUACAUUCGACGACGAGCGAAUACCUAUCCUGACACUAGUGAGCCCAGAGGAACUGUCAGGCGCUGUCCACGUCGUCCCGACCGAGUUCAGCGGCCUCGACGAGGCAGAGGGCGUCCUAACCAAGCUCCAAAACUGGCUGAUGCACCAUAUCAUCGCGCACGUCGCACACAAACACAAGCCCCUAGUCGAGUUUCCCCAAAGCCUCCUCCGGGAACGCUUCCUCCUGUACCAGCAAUUCGACCGGUUCUUCUUCGCCCUCAACAUGCUUCUCAGCUCGCUCCCCACCGAACUCCCACCGCGCGCCCUGCUCCUGCGCAUCCAAUCGCGCAUGUACCACGCAAUCCUCGUCGAAAACAUCCCAUACGAGCCGCAAAAGGGACCGUUCGGAUACGCAGCCCCGGACGUGAUGGCGAACGACAGCCUGCGCACCACGCUGGCGGAUAUCCAGGCGUUCCUCUCGCUCGAAAGAUUAGAAGAUAGCUCCCAAACCUUCACCCUCUCCUCCCAGCUCAUCGCCAUCCUCUACUUCCUCUGCCUCAAGACGGCGGACCCGGUUAAUCGCGAGGCCGCCUUCGCCCUACUCCAGAACCCUCGCCUCCCUGCAAAGGAUGGUCUGUGGGAGACUGGCAAGGCCAUCUCAAUAAUCCGGACCUUGAUGGAGCAGACCAAGGCCAAUGCCGCACACAAGCAGUCACUGGAACACGCCGGUGGGGACGUAUUUGGCGAGGAUGUCGGCGGUAUCGAGAACGUGUACAGAGAGAUCAGCACCGGCCACACCGAGCCCCCGGAUCGUGGUUUAUGA